GUCUGAAUCUCAAUCUACAUAACACCAGAUCCUAGUACUCAGCGCAAAAUGGCCAUCAUCGCUGUGGCAGGAGGCACAGGAAGUGUCGGCCAAGCCAUCGUCGACGCCUUAACUGCAACCAAACACAGUGUGAUAGUACUCACACGCACCCCUCGCCCAAACACCGCAGACAUCACGUACCUCGCCGUAAACUACGACGAUGUCCCAUCCACCUCCGCCGCGCUGGAAUCCGCCAACAUCGACACCGUGAUCUGCGCCAUCAGCAUGCUAUCCGAAGAAUCCAGCGCAGUCCAGCACAAGCUCAUCUCCGCAUGCGCCAGCUCAACACCCACCCGCCGCUUCGUAGUCUCUUCCUUUGACAUCUACUUCAACGAGCAACACAUAUCCACCGUCCCCGCCGCAAAAUGGCAGUACGACGCCCUGGACGCCCUCGCCAAAACAGACCUCGAAUACACCCGGGUCGUCAACGGCUUCUUCCUCGACUACUACGGCAUGCCGCACUGGAAGACGCAUCUCAAGCCGUGGACGAACUCUGUCUCCGUGGCGGGCAAAUGGGCCGUGAUUCCGGGCGACGGGACGUCGAAGGGGAAUUUCAUCACGAGUCAGGAUCUGGGCCGAUUCGUGGCGCGGAUGAUGGAUCUGCCGAGGUGGAAUAAGCUGACGACGAUUGUGGGCGAGGAACUUACGUUUUUGCAGAUUGUCGAGGCAGCGGAGAGGGUUCGAGGCGAGAAAUUCCGCGUUAUCUACGAGAGUAUGGAGAAUCUGGCGGACGGGAAGAUCUCGUUCCCUGAGUUCCCGGAGGCAGACUAUGGGCUGUCCACGGAGCAGUGGGAGAAGGCGCUCGCGGGGAUCCAUCAUCUUGCGGGGAUGAAUGUGGCGUUGGUGCCGACGGACGAUCCUUUGAAUAAGCACUUUCCGGACCUGAAGUUGACGACUGUGUCGGAGGUUAUUGAGUCAUGGCGGGGGAAAUGAUUUAUGCUGUCGUUCUGGAUUAUUGUACAGGUCUGCUUUAGAAGCUCAUCUGGGAUGUGAUAUGUCAGUUUAAUGUCCUGC